ACCUUUUUGUAAUAAAAAAAAACAUUCCAUACAUUUUCUCUUUGCAAGAAUGGCUUCGAUCACAUUCUUGAUCCUAGCAAUUAUUUUGAGUUCUAGAACUUCAGGAGCCACUUUUCGUGGGGGACUCUUUGAAGCUUCUGCUGCCACGGAUAAACAUGAGCAAUGGAUGUCUCGUUUCCAUCGUGUUUACUCCGAUGAGUCUGAAAAAACAAAUAGGUUUGAGAUCUUUAAGAAGAACUUGGAGUUCGUCAAGAACUUCAACAUGAAUACAAACAUAACGUUCAAGUUGGAUGUCAACCAAUUCUCUGAUCUCACCGACGAGGAGUUUCGGGCGAGGUACAUGGGGCUAGUGGUACCGGAAGGUAUGACCAGUAUAAAUUCAGAAAAAACGUUGUCAUAUAGAUAUGAAGAUGUCAGUGAAACCGGUGAAAGCAUGGAUUGGAGAGAGGAGGGGGCUGUUACAUCCAUUAAGUACCAAGGCCAAUGUGGAAGUUGUUGGGCUUUCUCGGCCGUGGCGGCUGUGGAAGGCAUAACAAAGAUUGCUAAAGGAGAGCUCAUAUCGCUUUCAGAGCAGCAACUUGUGGAUUGCAGCAGAGACUACAACAAAGGAUGCGGCGGAGGGAUUAUGUAACGGCCCGAUUCCUGGUCCAAAAAUUUCUUAAGGAGAGCCCGUUGGGACUGCGGCCCACUAGGAUAA